CUUGGCAACGCACGCAGCAGUGCUUGUGGCAGCAGCCGCCAUAGGGAGGCCAAGCGUGGAGGCGGCACCGGGCUCGGAGCUGGCCAGGGUCCCCUCGCCUAUGGAGCACGCAGCCACCACAGGCCCCAGGCCUGGACCUCCCCCUCGGCGGGUGGACAACGUUGUGCUACGAGCCAAGGACUGGCUGCCAGGAGCUCCUGGGGGCACCACAGCGUGGGCCACCAGCCUGGAAGCAGAGGUCCCACCAGAUCUGGUGCUCAGUGAGGAGCAGCAGCUGCAGAUCUCCAAGGAGCUGGUCGACAUUCAGAUCACAACCCACCGCCUACAGGAGCGGCAUGAGGCUGAAAUCUUUCAGCUGAAGAGUGAGAUCCUUCGACUGGAGCGCCGGGUGCUGGAGCUGGAGCUGCAUGGAGAUCACACCAGCCAGGGCUGUGCGGUCCCAGUGGAGGCUGACCCCAGGCACCGCCGGGCACCAGCCCAAGAGCUAAGACACAAAGCCCAGGUGCCUGGACCCUGUGAUGACUGCAGACUCCAGGUGCAGCCUCAGAACGCCAUGAACCCCGAGAAUGAGCAGCAGAGGCUGGGGAAUGGCGUGAGUAAACAAGUGAAGUGGGCGCUGGAGCGUCAGGAGGCCCGGCAGCAGGCACUGGAGACUCGUGUGGAAGCCCUGGGCCGGCAGCUGCAGGGAGCCCGAGAGGAGGCCAGAGCAGCUGGACAGCAACUGGCCACACAGGCUGUGGUGCUGUGCAGCUGCCGAGGCCCGCUCCGCCAGGCAGAGGCCGAGAACGCCCGGCUGCAGCUGCAGCUCAAGAAGCUGAAGGAUGAGUACGUCCUGCGGCUGCAGCACUGCGCUCGGGAGGCGGUGGAGCACGCAGACAGUGCAGGCCAGGCGCCAGCCACCACGGCCCUCCGGACAUUCCUGGAGGCCACUCUGGAGGACAUCCGGGCAGCUCACCGAAGCCGUGAGCAGCAGCUGGCCCGGGCUGCCCGCACCUACCACAAGCGGCUGGUGGAUCUGAGCCGCAGGCAUGAGGAGCUGUUGGCUGCCUACAGGGCAUCUGGGAACCCCCAAGCUAUUUUUGACGCAGCCAGCUUGGACCUGGAACCACUGCCCGUGCCCCUGGUCAGCCAUCAGGAGGACCAGCACGGCGGGCCUGAGGCACUGCUCUCAUCCCCACAGAAGGGACCCGGUGGAGCCUCCCAGGGGGGAACAUCAGAGCCACAGGGCCUGGACGCUGCGUCCUGGGCCCAGAUCCACCAGAAGCUCCGGGACUUCUCCCGCAGCACCCAGAGCUGGAACGGGAGCGGGCACAGCUGCUGGUCCGGGCCACGAUGGCUGAAGAGCAACUUUCUGAGCUACAGGAGUACGUGGACCAGCACCUGGGCAGGUACAAGCAAGAAAUCCUGAGGCUGAGGAAGCUGGCAGGUUCAGGGAACCCCUGGAAAGUGCGGGCUGUGCCUCCAGCCAAGAUCCAGCAUCCAAGGACUGGCAGCCACUAGCCCGUCUCCCAGGACCAGAGCAGAGCCCAUCACAGCCAGCAUGGAGCCCUCCCACCCCGUCUCCCACGAAACAUGAGUCGGGAUACAACCCA